AUAUAGUGAAUGCAGGGUCCGGGGAGACCAGAUAUAGUGAAUACAGGGUCCUGGGAUACCAGAUAUAGUGAAUGCAGGGUCCGGGGAGACCAGAUAUAGUGAAUGUAGGAUCCGGGGAGACCAGAUAUAGUGAAUGCAGGGUCCAGGGAGACCAGAUAUAGUGAAUGCAGGGUCCGGGGAGACCAGAUAUAGUGAAUGCAGGGAUCCGGGGAGACCAGAUAUAGUGAAUGCAGGGUCCAGGGAGACCAGAUAUAGUGAAUGCAGGGUCCGGGGAGACCAGAUAUAGUGAAUGCAGGGUCCGGGGAGACCA